CUUGGCGGCGACAACCGCAGAACCUCGAGCAUGCAGCAGGCGGAGCCGAUCGCUCAGCUCGCGACGCGGCACCUCUACCUCGAGACCCCCGACAGCGAGCUCCUGCAGUUUUGUUUCGUCCGCACUCCGGUGCGCGAGCUUGUUGCGCCGCUGCCUUACCUGGUCGACCCGCCUCCUCCGCUGCCGCUGCCGUGCCCAGAGGUGCUCCCUCCGAGCAUUGUGCUCGCGGCGUGCGCCGCUGUGGAUGCGGAGGAGGCAGUGGGCGCGCCCGCGCCCGCGCCGCUGGACCCGCCUGGCCGAGCCGCUCUCCUCGCAAGCCUCCAACGGGCUCUGCUGCUCGGGCGAGAGCUUCCCGCAGCCGCGACCGCCUUGCCCGACGAGGAGUGGCGGGCGGCCCUUGCCGAGACGAGCAGCUUUGGCGGCGGCCUCUCGCCGGAGCACCUCUGCCGCCUCUCUCGGGAGCUUCGCGUCGCGCCGCUGGCCGAGUGGCUGGUCAUCCACAUGAUCCCGCCGCUCGCCUCCGCCCUGCCGCCCGAGGACGACGAGCCACUGCCCGAGCCUUUGUCGGAUGCGUUUUGUCAGCUGCUGCACGCGAGUGGGCUGCUGCGGCUGUCCGCCGCCAGCUUUGACGAGAGGGUCGUGUUGCCCCUGCGCGCGGCCGUGGGCGGCGGCCCGCGGGCGGCAGCCGAGGCGGCGCUAGUCUACGUCGCCGCGUUAAGCGAGGCUGCCAGUGGGCCGGAGGGAUGAAGGACCAAAGCCGUGCACAUAUUCGUCGCCGCGUAGAUAAAGCUCGCACUCAUGUUGAAGA